AUGGAGGCUCUUUACUCCAACAUCCAUUAUUGGCUUGUUGAUCAUCCAAAAAUCAGUCAAUUUGAAUGGAAACAAGGUCAUACAUUCAAUUCCUCCAAAUCUUUUCUUAUAAUUUCAGUGUCUGUUUACUUAUAUCUGACUCACUUGUUGCUCCGUUUCCCUACAUUUAUCCCUACCCUCACUACCACCACCAUUCGCAACAUUACCGCGAUCCACAGCCUCAUUCUCUGUCUCCUCUCUCUACUCAUGGUUAUUGCCUCCAUCCUUUCUGUCCUACACCAAAUGCCACCUCAUGAUUGGAAGUGGAUCAUAUGUUUCCCCGGUGCAAAUCAUACUCUUCCACGUGGACCUGUGUUCUUUUGGAUUUAUAUAUGUUACCUUUCAAAUAUUCUUGAAUUUAUCGAUACACUUUUAAUCGUCCUUAGUAGUUCUAGAUCACGAAGGCUAUCGUUCCUCCAUGUCUAUCACCAUACAGUUGUGCCUGUUCUUGGUUAUAUUGGGCUUCAAUUUGCGCAGUCCAUGUCGAGUGUUGCUGUUAUUAUUAAUGCUUCGAUUCAUGUUAUAAUGUAUGCUUAUUAUUUCCUAUCUGCUAUAGGAAAAAGACCACGGUGGAAAAAAGUCGUCACAAAUUGUCAAAUAGUACAAUUUAUGACUGGGUUUCUACUAUCAGCUAUGAUGUUGUAUUAUCACUUUACAACUGAGUUUGGAUGCACUGGAGUUAGGGUAUGGUGUAUUUGA